CUCGCAGCAACUCGUGAUCCUUCGAACAACUGAAAGCGCCUGGUUCUGGACAUGCUUUUCUAAAUCUCGACAACUCAGGUUCGAGGUUACCCCAGGCGUACGGCAUCGUCAAUGGGACUUGUUUAACCGCGCUUUCCCUGAUAAAGGACGAGGGAUUCGCCAACGCCAACAACCUCUUACUCGUGACGCCCGCGAUCACAGGAUCAUGUCGAGCAUCGACAGAUACAGGCCCCUCAGAGAGGGUUACCAGCCUCCAUCACUACCCCCGAAGCCGGUGCCCCCCGCAAUCGACCGUCUAUCGAAGUCCCCGUCAAGGAGACGCGACAUUCCCCCUGCAGUUCCAUCGCCGCCGACGCAUUCGUCGAGGACGUCGCCGCCCCGGCCACAGUCGCGCAGGAGCGCGCCGUCGCCCGCGCGGUCGAGCCCACCCAGAACGUCGCAGUCGAGGCCGAACCAGUGGUUCUUUACCGCGGACGAGGUGGCCAGCUCGCCAAGCAUCAUCGAUGGCUUGCCGCUGGCGGAGGAACGACUUCGGAGAGCGAAGGGCGUCAAUUUCAUCUACCAGGCCGGCAUCCUCCUAGAGCUGCCGCAACUCACAUUAUGGGUCGCCGGUGUGUUCUUUCACCGCUUCUACAUGCGAUACAGUAUGGUAGAGGAGAGGGGAGGCAUACAUCAUUACAACAUCGCGGCGACCGCGCUCUUCCUCGCCAACAAGACGGAAGAAAACUGCCGCAAGACAAAGGACCUCAUCAUCGCGGUAGCCAAAGUCGCGCAGAAGAACACCAAACUGGUCAUCGACGAGCAGAGCAAAGAAUACUGGAAGUGGCGUGACAGCAUCCUGGCAUACGAGGAGUUGAUGCUCGAGGCGCUGACCUUUGACCUGCUGGUGGACAACCCGUACGUGCGGUUGCACGAGUACAUGGGCCAGCUGAACCUGCUGCGCAACAUGAGGUUGCGCGACUCGGUCUGGGCCUUCUGCAACGACGCCUGCCUGACGGUGCUCCCGCUGCUGCUCAACGCGCGCGACAUCGCGAUCGCCGCCAUCUUCUUCGCCACGGCCGUCACGCGAGAGAAGAUCGACGACGUCAACGGCGAGCCGUGGUGGAAGUAUCUCAGGGGCAGCGAGACGCACACGGUCAACGCGGUCAACCUCAUGAUCGAGUUCUACAAGGAGAACCCGCUGCGGAAGCAGGACUCCAAGGUCCCCGGCUCGCCCAAGUUCGACCUCGAGAGCACCCGCCGCCGCGGCGAGCUCAGCCUCAGCCAGAUGGACCUCGACUCGAGCCAGUACAACACCCCGACGCCGCCCGCGGGCACCGACCGCGGCGGGACGCAGAGCCCGCGGCCGGGCGGGGCGCGGCCCAACGGCAGGACGGGAGGAGAGAGCGGCGACGGUAAGGAGGUCGCGAUCAAGAAGGAGGACCUGUCGGACUCGUCGGCCGCGAGGAUCGGUGCCGCCGGCGCGGAGCCCGCAUCGCAGGCGGGCGACAGGGGCGACUCGGACGCUGCGCUCAAGGCGGCGGCCAACGACCUGUCGACGCACAGGAGGGCGUCUGCCAGCUCGCUCAACGGGAGCGCUCCCAUUAGUGAAGGGGGCCUCGUCUCGCCUCGGAUCAGGAGGCGGAGCGAGGACCCUGGAGGUUGGGAGGAGAGGGAGGCGAAGAGGCCGAAGCUGGAGGAGGAUGAUGAUGAUGAUGAUGUCGACGAAGGGGAGAUUAAGGGUUCUUAAAUCGUCUUCUUUUCGUUGGUUUGGCCCAACCGACAGUAUCGCCUUUCUCACUCUCUCCAUUUCAUCAGUUCAUGGUAUUAUGCUUGGGGUGCGGGUUUAUCUCGGGGCGUCAGUGGUCAGUAAAGGGAAUUGCCGGCGGGGAGGAGCAUGGCUGGGCGGCAUGUGCUGAUUCAUGGUUUCUUUCUCGACUCUUGACUCCUUUCUUCGCCUCUCCUUGUGGGGACUGCUCUUCUUCUUCUAGGGGUGAGGGGA